AUGGCCUCGAGUCGAGUCAAGAUUCAGCUCCUCAGACUCGCUCAUGUACACUAUCAGCACCCGAAUCUGGCUCAAGCCAAGGAAUUCUUGCUCGAUUUCGGGCUUGACGUGGUUGAAGAGAAUGAACAGAAGAUUUUCGCCCGUGGCCACGGCAUAGACCCCAUACUGCCAUGCUUCUACAUGGGCAACAAGAGUAUCCGGAGGGUGGACAUCUCCCCAAAAGCCAAUACAACACAAGCCAAGACAAAGAAUGACCGGGCAAGUUUCAUCGAUUCAAGCAUGGGCCGAGCAAGGUCCAUACAUAAACUGAGUCAUUUUGGGUUCAUGGUUCCCUCGUCCAAGUUCCUCUCGAACCGGACCUGGUACCUCAACACCUCUAACUUGCUGAUCAUGGACUCGGUCUUUGACAGCGAGACGGACAAUGACGUGACAAGUUUCAUACACAUUGAUCUGGGGACACGUACACCGACCACCAUGUUCGACCCUUCUGGCUUCAUCGUCGAACAUUACACCGACGGCGACCUAAUCAAUUGCGAUACUGCUGUGCAUCGCGAGCAGGUUGCAAAGCAUAGUUUGUACGUGUGGGUGGCCAAUUCACCCAGAAGUUUCCCUGUUGGCAAAUGUUAA